GUUUGAACUGUACGUCGCUGAAAGAAACCGAUCGCAAUCAUGGCUGGUGGAAAAGUUGGAAAGGACACAGGCAAAUCAAAGGCUACAUCGGUUAUCCGGUCAGCCAGAGCAGGACUGCAGUUUCCAGUUGGUCGUAUCCAUAGACUUCUGAAGAAUAGGACCACAAGUCAUGUCCGUGUGGGUGGUACUGCUGCAGUACACACUGCUGCUAUCCUGGAGUAUCUUACUGCUGAGGUCCAUGAGUUGGCAGGAAAAGCUUCAAAAGAUAUGAAAGUAAAACGUAUCUCCCCACGUCAUUUACAACUUGCCAUCAGAGGAGAUGAAUAACUGGAUGCUUUUAUAAAGGCUUCAAUUGGUGGAGGCAGUGUCAUUCCACAUAUUCACAAGUCCCUCAUCGGAAAGAAAGGUCAACAGAAAACCGUUUAGUUGUGGUCAUUAUGAGGACACUACACACUCAAGCUUAGUUAUGGACUUUUUACAACUAGUCCCUGGACGCUAGUUAGCCCUCCUGGAUACAGCUGUUGUUGGGCCACUAAGCAUCAGGAUUGGAAUCUUUAUCCA